AUGGCGGAAAUUGAGGUCAACCCUUACGAUCUGCUGAGCCUUAACGACCAAUGCACUGAGCAAGAUAUUCGGACAGCGUAUCGACAAACGUCUCGCAAGGUCCAUCCUGACCGUAACAGGAAUGACCCAGACGCAGCAAAAAAGUUCCACGAGCUGACGCAGGCGUAUGAACUGCUGCUAGAUCCGUUGCGUCGUCUUGCGCUCGAUGCCAAACUCCGUGCAAAGCAUGCUCGCGAAGCUCGCUUCAAAACGUAUGACACCAAACGGAAGACUAUGGUGACGGAACUGGAAGAACGUGAACGGGCGUUCAAAAAGACGAAGAUGGAUCAGGAGGUCGAUGAAGUGCGCAGACGAGAGGAUAACGAUAAGAUCAAGGAUGCUGGACGGAGGAUGCGAGAGGAACGAGAGAAUGCUCUUCGGCAAAAGGAAGUUGAGGCCAAACAGCCUCAUCCGAAUGAUGAAGAUGAGGCGCCGUCUCUCGACUUGCAUGAUACCACAGUCCGCCUCAAAUUCAAGUUGUCUGCACAUCCGAACCUUGCCGCGCCUGAUGUGCUCUCCAACCUUCUGGCGCAGUUCGGCGCUACUGACUCUGAAGCUAUUGUUGUCUCGUCGAAAGCGCCGAAAAAAUCUCCUGACAAACCGCCAAAAUACGUCACUGCUCUCGUGCCGUUCAAGCAGAUUGGAGAUGCUUUUGCGGCUGUGUGUGCCAGUGGACGUGCUGAUCGAGGGUUAGAUGGUGUUGAAAUCGGCUGGGUUGGAGGGAAAGAGCCCGCGAUUUUGGGGUGGCUGAAGAAGAUGGGCAAGCUCUCUGCACAACCGCUCCCCAAUACCACCUCUCCGCAAGCCCGAAAAAUGGAAGCACAACUCCCCCAGACUGCGCCAAGUGCAAGAGGAUCCGGGUUUUCGUCGUUCCCAGCUUCUUUCCCAGAACUACCUGCUGAGCCUGCCCACGUGGCAUCAGGUGUAGACUAUGAGGCUCUGACGCUCAUGCGACUUCGCCAGGCGGAACGCGAACGACUAGAGCGAGAAAUAAUGGAGCAAGAGGCUGCUGAGGGACAGUGA